ACACUGGACAAUACUGGGGAGCUUUGAAAAGACUGACGCCCAGGUCCUACCCAGAGAGAUUCUGAUUUCUUUGAUCUGGGCACAGCUUGGGCACCAGGGUUUUAAAAGCUUCCCAGAUGAUUUUUACGUGCAGCCAGGUUGAGAACCACUGCUUUACCCUUUCAGAACUCAUUCUCUGAAGCAGCCAUGGUGAGAGAGAGAGCAAGGAUAUAAUUCAUGGAUAUUGCAUGGUUCCUGACAGUUUAAAAGAGUUGAGAAUUAUGGCUGCAGGAAAAUUUGCAAGCCUUCCCAGAAAUGUGCCUGUGAAUCACCAGUUCCCCCUGGCCUCAUCCAUGGACCUUCUGAGCAGCAAGUCAGCUCUCGUUGAACACCGUACAGAUGCCUAUCAAGACGUGUCUAUACAUGGCACCCUUCCACGCAAGAAAAAAGGCCCUCCUCCCACAAGGUCCUGUGAUAACUUCAGUCACAUGGGUACCCUCCCUCACUGCAAAUCGCCAUGGCAGAACUCACCUCUGACCCAGGACGUCAUCCAGGAGAAUCCACUGCAAGACUGGAAGGGUGAAACCUUUACCUUCAGGGAUCAGCAUCUUCUGGACCCAACUCUGGAGUAUGUGAAGGUAGGAAACCAGGACUCAGCAUGUAGUCAUGAGCCUGUGUAAUAAAUUUCCUGUUUCUAACACAGUGUUGCCAAAUAGUGCUGAUGUCUGGUUUGUAUAGAAGCUGGUUGGAUUGUCUGAAAUAAUUGAGAAGUAAUUUGACUCUCUUAGGCCUUUGGUAACCUUUGUGGGAUCUUACAUCAUCCUACUUCAUGUCUACAAUCUUUUCUCCUUGUCUGGAACCCUUGGGGCCAGUGUGUUUUAAAAUUCAGAAUUUUUUUAGAAGAAAAUAUUGUGCCCUUCCAAAGGGGCCUAGGAUCAGCACCCCAUAAUCAAACUCAUUAUUUCUGCAGUGAAAUGUAAGACUAUUCACACUAAGUGGAAUAAAUAGACUAUUAAUAACUUUAUUUCAGUUCCAAUCACCAAAUGAGGUUGGGUUUGUCUUACUGCCAAGUAAGUUUAAUAACAAAUAAAAAUUAGAAAAAGGUAAUAAAUUUCAGUUUCCAGAGGUUUUUGGAUUUUGGAAUGGUAGAUGAGGACUGCAGGCUCCCUGAGGUUUUAUGAGCUAUUUUUUCCUUUCCAACAGCCACCCUCUUAUUCAGUGGCUGAUCUGGGACAAUAGUCAGUAUUAAUGUGUUACUUUCCAAAUGGGGCUGACAUUCAGUGCUUCUAAACACUCAGUGCCUCUAAACAAUAUUUCCCUUCUGAACAGAAAGAAAAGAUGCUUUUCACUUCUUCCCUCUGCCCCUGUUUUUGGGUGUGUGUGUUUGUUUUGUUUUAUUUUAUUUUACUGUAAUUAAGCUGCUCAUCUCCUACAGAAGGGAGACCUGAAGACCUUGUUGUACUCAGUUGCUUGGAUUUGUGCCCACAUGUGUUAUGAUUAUUUGGAAGAAAUCAUGGCAUGAGUUAGGGUUUAAGGUGCUUACCUCCUAGGACCAACAUCCCACCCUCCUUAUUCCAAGGGCAGCAUCCCAGUUUCGGAUUAUGUAAACCUGUCGCUUUCCUCUGUGCUCAGACCUUCCCCCAGGAUGUAGGCAUUUCCUCCCUGUGUAGGUCAGAGGGACAAAGAUGCACCACUUAUAAAGCUCUGACCAGAUUCAGACAAGAUCAGGAGGAAGGAGUAACUUUCAGAACACCUCAGCAAGUCCUGAAAAGGAGUAACCUGUGAACAACCAAAGAGAAGUUCCAUCAAAUCUCACUGCUCGGGGGAGGCAGGGAGAUCCCAGAUAAACAGAAGCCACCAAUUACCCCAGUGUCUCGUCUCGUCUUAGUCAAUACAGUUCAGCUCACAACCAUUGAUAUUCAUGAAUGAGAUGCAAUAAUUUAGAUAAUUCUGAACUUGGCCCUUGGUUUGGAGGGAUGGUAUAGGGGUUUGUUUGUGACCACGGGCUAUUUUUGUUUGCCUUUAUGGGCACUAAAGGAGCCUGGGUGGUGCAAUGGUUAAGUGCUCAGCUACUAACCGAA